AUGGAGUCGGUGAGCAGAGCGGGGCAGGAGAUCAGCCUGGCGGCCCUGAAGCAGCACGACCCGUACAUCACCAGCAUCGCCGACGUGACCGGCCAGGUAGCGCUCUACAGCUUCAGCCCGAAGGCCAACGAGUGGGAGAAAACUGACAUAGAAGGGACCUUAUUUGUGUACAAAAGGUCGGCUUCUCCUUAUCAUGGUUUUACGAUAGUGAAUCGACUGAACAUGCACAACUUGGUUGAACCAGUUAAUAAAGAUUUGGAGUUUCAGCUCCAUGAACCUUUUCUUCUUUACAGAAAUGCUAGCUUGUCAAUUUACAGUAUCUGGUUUUACGACAAGAAUGACUGUCAUCGAAUAGCAAAACUCAUGGCUAAAGUGGUAGAACAAGAAACUCAGAGAUCACAGCAAGUUUCCCAGGACAGAAAAAGUCCCAGCAGAACCAAUGGCUGCAGUGAAAACAGGCCCAUUGACAUCCUGGAAAUGCUUAGUAAAGCCAAGGAUGAAUAUGAACGAAAUCAGAUUAGUGACUUAAGUAUUAUAUCAAGUUCUGGAAUGCAACAAAAUGCAAAUCCUCCAAAGCCAGAAAGCACAGAGCCUUCAGAACAAAAAACUUCAUUACAAGUGCAAGAGCAGCCAUUUCAGUCAAGGCAGAAGCAUCUGACUUUGGAGGAACUGUUUGGAACCUCUGUACCAAAGGAACAGCCCACAGCUCCGUAUCCCAAUCCAGAGAGGAUGGAGAAGUUGCAGACUGACACCUCUGCCAGAGAGCAGCACAGUUUGCUCUUGCCUUUUUCCUUUGACCAGUCAACAGUAAUACAACAAUCACUAGGGAAAUCUGAAAGUCCAAGCGUUAAAACCAGUGCCAAUACUUUGAAUCAGCAGGAAUGUUUAACACCUAUGCUAAUACCUCCAGCUUCAGUUUCCCAGCCUGAUAUAAAAAAUGUUUCAAGCUAUUCAGUUCAUUUAAGCCCUGUUCUUAAUUCAGCCUCGACAGUGGAAGCUGCCCCUGCUCAGAUGCUUCCUGGCCUAAAACAAAACAACAGUAUGAUGCAAGUUAUGCAGCAAGCUGCCAAGCAGAUAUCCCCACUAGUGAAUCAGCUGCCAUCUGAAGUGAACCACGCUCCACAAAAUCUAAUGGCUGGCCAAAGCCAGCUUAUAGCACCCUUGACAUCAACAAAUACAGGAACUGUCUCAAAUACAUCCCAUACAAGUGUUGAUCUUCUCCAGAAACUCAGGUUGACCCCACAGCAUGACCAAAUGCAACAGCAGUCUCUCACUAAGACUUCCUUAACACCAAACGUCUCUGCCUCUGUUGGCCAACUUGCAACACCAGAAAGCUUCAAAGAAUCUCACAGUAAGCCAUCAACCUUGAACAGCAAGAUAAUCUCUCCCCUUCAGACUGUACAACAAAACAAGGAAUCAGAAGUAUUUCCACAGCCAAAGACUUUGUCUAAAGCAAGUCAAGUUGCACCUCCGCAGUUUGUUACAGCCACAACUACAGUAACUCCUUCAAUCCUCUUGUCUCCUAGUGUUUUUCAGCAAUCAGCUACAAAAGCUACUGAAGUGGAGAAUAAAGCCAAUUCUUCUUCGCCUUUAACACUUGGAACAACAGAAAUUCAGACUAUGCCUCCUACUGUUCUCAGUAGGUCUCAGCUUCAAGAAGCACUGAUACAUCUAAUAAAGAAUGAUUCCCGUUUUCUCAGCACUAUUCAUGAAGUCUACUUGCAAGUCCUAACCAAGAAUACAGACAACAUUAAGCUAUAAUUGAAGCUAAAUCUACUUAAAAUAUAUCCAUUUUAGAAACAAUUAUGCCUCGUCUAUAAAACUAAUAUUUUUGUAAAAGAAUAUUUAGUUUUCAAUGUCUUGAAUUUGAACCUGUUAGGAAAGACUAUUCCUUAAAUACUUGCGAAAGUAAUGUUCUCAGAAGUGAUCUAGGUUUUCACUGUGAUCAUCACCAGCAAACCUUUGUUUUUAUUGGGGAGGGAACUUAAGUUGCAUUUGAGCUCUCAUUAGCAUUAAGUGAAUGUGCAAAUGUUUGCUCUGGCUUUCAUUCCUAGCUGUAUUCACUGUUCAAGGAUUACAGACUGAAUACUAUUUAAACCAGCAAAUAGAUAGUACAGUACACUACGCCACACCGGAACAAAAUUCAGUUGUGGGAACCUAGCUCCAGUUUGAAGAACUGAGGGAAAGGAGAGCAAAAUGCCUUGUGAUUAAGUUGGCAGGUGUAGGGAAGGAAUGGAUCUGGAAGCCAGGCCUUUGGAGCUAAAUCUUUAACAAAAGGUUUAAAAUGUGAUUUGCUCAAUACAUUGACAGUCUCUAGCUAAUGCACAUAAAUUCAUCUUCUAAAUAUUCCUUUACUCUUAUUUGCUUCUAUGUUGCUGACAUUAAACAAGUAUCCAAGUAAGUAAGGCCAUUUUCUCUAAAAAGGAAAAAUUUGAAAUAUGCAAA